AUUUUCUGUCAAAGGAUUGGCCCAUCUCUUCCUUCCUCCCCACCUUCUUAAGUUCCUUAAUUUCUUCACAUUCCUUCUCGCAACACACGCUUCCUUCCAUUUGACGGACCAAAAUUUCCCGACUUUCUCCCUUUCCCCUUCUCGAUCGUCCGUUCCCUUAUCUCCACCAAUACCAAACCAGCCGCCAUCGUCUUCUUCAGAUCCCAAUUUCCCCAUCCCCCCCAAACCCAAUUCAGACCCUCCAAUCCUCUCCACUUUCUAGGGUUUCUCAGCUCACGCAGUGGUCUGUCAUCUCAUGCCAUCCCAAGCUCUCGAUUGACCGAUCAAGCCGAUUUUCUGAGUUGGGAUUCUUGAAUAAUGUACAGCAAUUUCAAGGAGCAGGCGAUAGAGUACGUGAAGCAGGCCGUUCAGGAAGACAAUGCUGGGAACUACGCAAAGGCGUUCCCUUUGUAUAUGAACGCGCUAGAGUACUUCAAGACCCAUCUCAAGUACGAGAAGAACCCCAAAAUCCGAGAGGCGAUCACCCAGAAGUUCACCGAGUACCUCCGCCGCGCGGAGGAGAUCCGGACAGUGUUGGAUGAGGGCGGGCCUGGUCCGGCUUCCAACGGCGACGCCGCCGUUGCUACGCGGCCCAAGUCGAAGCCCAAGGACGGGGAAGAUGGGGAGGAUCCUGAGCAGUCGAAGCUCAGAGCUGGGUUGAAUUCGGCGAUCAUUAGGGAGAAGCCUAAUAUCAAGUGGACUGAUGUGGCUGGGCUAGAGAGCGCAAAGCAGUCGCUUCAGGAGGCUGUUAUUUUACCCGUCAAGUUCCCCCAGUUCUUUACAGGCAAGAGACGGCCAUGGAAGGCUUUUCUUUUGUAUGGGCCUCCUGGUACCGGAAAGUCUUACUUGGCCAAGGCUGUUGCAACUGAAGCAGACUCUACCUUUUUCAGUGUUUCUUCGUCAGACCUGGUUUCAAAGUGGAUGGGUGAGAGUGAGAAGCUUGUCUCGAAUCUUUUCCAAAUGGCUCGUGAAAGUGCUCCUUCUAUCAUCUUUGUUGAUGAAAUAGAUUCGCUGUGUGGCCAACGUGGUGAAGGCAAUGAAAGUGAAGCUUCCAGACGCAUUAAGACUGAGCUUCUUGUUCAAAUGCAGGGUGUAGGGAACAAUGACCAGAAGGUUCUUGUUCUUGCGGCGACUAAUACACCAUAUGCCUUGGACCAGGCUAUCAGGCGACGUUUUGACAAGCGUAUUUACAUCCCGCUACCUGAUGCAAAGGCUAGACAGUACAUGUUCAAGGUGCAUCUUGGUGAUACUCCUCAUAACUUGACAGAAAGUGAUUUUGAAAGCUUAGGUCGUAGGACAGAGGGCUUCUCAGGUUCAGACAUAUCUGUUUGUGUUAAAGAUGUUCUGUUUGAGCCUGUUCGUAAAACCCAGGAUGCCAUGUAUUUCUUUAAGACACCUAAUGGUAUGUGGGUACCAUGUGGACCUAAGCAAUCCGGUGCAGUGCAAACAACGAUGCAGGAUCUGGCAACCAAAGGAGAAGCGGCAAAGAUCCUUCCACCCCCUAUCUCAAAGACCGAUUUUGACAAGGUCCUUGCCAGACAGAGGCCCACAGUGAGCAAAUCUGAUCUAGAUGUCCACGAAAGAUUCACAAAGGAGUUUGGGGAGGAAGGUUAAUGGAAUUAUGAUCUCUAAUCACUACUGUAUUGAGAUUGCUUUGCUCGACAUGAGUUUGUAUGUCUUAGUUGUUGCUUCUGUUGCUUAAAAAAAUCUGCUGAUGAUGAAUUAUAUACGACCUCAUUGUCCAUAUGGAAGGUGGUGGCAUGACUUCCCUGGUGUAAUUUUAACCUCCGAAUACUUAUAAAGGUCGGGGGUUGUUGAAUUGAAGUCUAUGAAAUUGUACAAAGAAUCCUUUUAGAACGUGUUUGCAUUUGUUUCAUCUUUACUUUCAGCAUGGUCAUAUUGGAGUUGAGGUCCCACGGUUCUUCUGUAUAGUCAGUGAAUGUUUUAUUUUGCUUGUAUUGAAAAAGAUUUCAUGCAUUUUCUGUAGCAAAUUAUUCAGACUUGUCUUUGGCUCGAAGCACAAUUAAACAGCGGGCGCUAGUGACAUCAGCUCUGCUGCUCGCCUGCAGCAUUGCCAUCAUAUGCCACUGUCGUACGAAGCAAACACGUCGGAAUGCAUCCUCUGCUGGUGUCCUGUGGCAAUUGGCAACUAAUCUGCUUGGGUUUCUGAGAACAAGGGGAGCAACUAAGAGUAAUUGCAGGCUGCUGAGAUUUCGCACCUGUUAGAAAGAUUAAGGAUGAUCGGAGUGUUAAAAUGCGUCGAGGGAGAUGGAGUGAAAGACUGUUCUUGAUUGCCAAGUCUUCUGGAGAAGGUGAAGGUCGGAGUUCUGAUAGAUGUAACAGGCUAACAGCUCGAGUUUGUAGCUUAUGACCAAUUUGAAAUUUGAAUAGAACCAUGGCAUGGCUAGUGCAUUCCUUCAAUUUUAUUAUUUGUUUCUAAUUAAUGGGUCGUGAC